AUUAAAUCACACAUUUGACUAAUGUAGUAAAGCAACUUCCUGUUUUAAGUUUCACGUUUUAAUCAAAGUGUAACUUGUAUUUAACAAAGUUUUGGUUUUUUUAAACAAUUUAGAAUGGACGAUACUACUGCAAAAAAGGUUCAAGAAUAUAAGGAUUCACUGAAAACGAAGGCUGAACAACUUAUUGUCAAAGGAUUUCCGGAGAAAAUUGUUAAACUAAAUGAACUUUUAGAAACACCAGGUUUUACUCAUCAAGAUCUAUCGAAAGUUCAUCAGGAAUUAAAUAUACCCAUUCCAGAGCCGAUACUUCUGAAUCAUUCCCAGGAAGGACCACCGUCAAAAAGAGCGCGAGUUGAUAACAAUUUAGAAGAUGUACCUGGUACUAAAGUUAUGGUCCUUCCCAAUGGACCAGUUCCAUGUAAUAAACCCAUCUGCGAUAUCAUUUACAUAGUGAAACCGUACAUUAGACAACUUUUAGAAGAUUCAAAUCUUUUGAAAAUGUGGAUUUCAUUUAUGAUUCCGAAAAUUGAAGACGGAAAUAAUUUUGGUGUCUCAAUUCAAGAAGACACUCUCGCUGAAGUUCAAGCUGUCGAGAGUGAAGCCGCUGCCUUUUUCGAUCAAAUUUCCAGGUAUUUUGUAUCGAGGGGAAAAAUUUUGAGUAAAGUGGCUAAAUAUCCACAUGUUGCCGAUUAUAGGCGAGCAAUUCAGGAGCUUGACGAAAAAGAAUACGUCAGCUUGUGCCUCGUUAUGUGUGAAAUUCGCAACAGGUAUUGCGCACUUCACGAUCUUGUUCUUAAAAAUUUGGAAAAAAUCAAACGACCUCGAUCGUCAAACUCUCAAUCUCUGUAUUAAUUAAUUUUAAUGGCUUUUUUCAAUUAAUAAAAGUUGAUAAAUAUGA